AUGUCAGACCCGCACCAUCAUCACCAGAUGCAUUCUUCUGCACAACCUGCUGUUUACUCUUCUAAAUCAGCUAAUUCAUCAGUGAUUUCUUCCGUGAGUCCUCCUACUAACACCAGUAAAGAAUCAUCUACGAAUCAAAUGGAAUUACCAAUAUCCAAUCUUGCGAGUUCAAAGCCCGUCUCGAGUGAAAUGGCAUUGAGUGUACUUGAGAAACAAUCUCCAGUGGGCGUAUCAAGAAAGAGAAAGGAGAGAAUAAUGAAUAAGGAAAAGGGGAAAGAAAAAGAGAAGAAGAAAAAAAAGCAAAAAUGUGGCUAUCCUUCGCUCGAUGUUGAACCAAUUUAUCAAUUAAUUUUGGAAACUUGUCCCCAUCGCCGGUUUCUUGGUCUGAUUAUCUAUAACCCGACUACCACAUGGGAGACACUCCAAACGGAGACACUUUAUGGUCUUGAGCCUGAGUUGCAACAAAGGUUUCAAGAGAUCAAGCAAGUAUAUAUACAACGGGAAAGUGCUUUGAAGAAUGACGGGGCUUCCAUUGAUGCGGGUUUGCCAGUACUGCUGAUACUGCAAACCAGGUAUAUUCCUUGUAUACCACCAUUACCGUUGCAGUAUAUAAACUCUGUCGUUGAGAUUAUUGUGCCAUUUCGUCACAUUAUAUGGUUUAAGCAGGAUAUGAGGAAUGAAAUAGUGCAAAGGAAGAGGCUAGUAUGGGGUGGUGCUUCUGGGGUAUAUACUGAUGAUUCGGAUAUCUUGUAUGUUUUGAUGCAUAUGGGAUUCUUUAAUCAAGAUGAGAAUGACGAUGAAGGUGAGGAAUUGGAAACAGAGAUGGAUCUAGGCGUGUGGAAUAAAAAUCAGAGGUACAAGAAAGAAGGGGAAGAGCAAAAUUGUGGCGAUAAAGUGAUUAGACCAAUGAAUUUGUUGCGUGCUGGUAGCAACAACAACAACAACAAAGAUGUGGGAGAUGGUGAGAUUAGCGGCAUUGAAGAAAUCAUAGUAGAGGGGGAUAAAAACGAGCGCAAAUUAGGCAAUGGUGAAUGUAUAGAGGAUGAAGCAGUUGGAAAUAAUGAUGAAAAAGGCACUAAAUAUCUUGAGCAGAGAUGUAUAGAUAAAGGCGUGGUUGGAGAUUUGUCGGUUGAGGUGCUUUUAUUACCACCACUACCGCAGUAUUAUGGUUAUUUCCGAAAUAGAAUUAAUUCUAGGUCGUGGAAUGUUGAUGAUGAAUGUGUUGCAAAUCAGCAUUCUGGGUUGAGUAUGGCUGUAUAUAGUGUUAAAUGGCUUAGUCGUGGGGCAUUUGCAAGGUAUCAACAGUUUGAUAAAUGGCAUUUGAAGGAAAAUGAGGCAAAUAUCAAAGACCAGGAGGAAUUGAUUAGAGUUCUGCAAGGAUGGAAAUUUGCACUGAAGAAGCAGUUGAAAAACUCCUCCAGAGGUCCUUUAAAUUAUCUACUAAAAUCAGUGUCGGAAGAAACAUUCAACGAUGAGCAUAUAGUUGACGACCUAUUCACAGAAUCAGACCUGGACGACCUUUCAACUUUAGAUAAACUAAUACGAAGCUCAAAAGGAUACAACUCAACAGAAGAGAAGUUUUUACAAGACUAUAAGAAAUUCAAAAGCUUGGACAAUAUGUACGCUCACUACAACAACAACAACAACAACAACAACAACAACAACAACAACACAAUACACCAACCAAAUUCAACUUUAAAUGAUAUGGACUUGGGAAGCUCAACUACCAUAGGCUCAGAUCAAACAAACUUGAAAUUAAGACACACGCUACAGGAUGUGAUUAGACAACAAGCAUCAAACUACCAAUUUCAAAACAUUGACGAAAUAGACCUGGAUGAGGAAGAGGAAGAUGAGGAGGCAGAAGAAAGUGGAGACCAAGAAGAUGCAGAUGCAAGAGCGGCAGAAUACAACGGAUAUAACGACGCAUUAACUAACGAAGGAGCAUCUCCUGCUUCUGCUGCUGCUGCUGCUGCUGCUACCACUACAUCAUCAUCAGCAUCAGCAUCAUUAUCGAAUACACAAGAGAUUAUUUACCAUGACAUUGACUUUGCAUUGCUACGCAAGGAGUUUGAGGCUAUGCUAGCAUCAACAAAUCCUAGCUCAGAUUCAGACACAAAUUCACGAACCACAUCUGCAACAAGAGUGCCGCAGCAGCAAUUGAACAACUCGAUAAAUGUGGGAUCAACAUUAUGGGAUUACAGGCGGCAGAAAUGGCUACAACCCAAAUAUAGCACUAAGCGCAUUAAGGAACGGAUCGCCAAAUCUUCAAUCUCACACAUUCCCAAAGAGUCGUUUCCAAAAAUCUAUGAGAAUUUGGUGGACAAGAAUAAAGCUCUCAAGUCAAACAAAAAGUUGAAUCUUGCCGACUUGAUCAAAAUCAUCAAUGCUGGUUGGAUAGCUGAAGAACGAUGGGAACGAGCGGCGCGCGGUUUAGCAUAA